AUGAGCUGGACAGUCAGGUUUAAUCCACGAGCGCAGUAUUUAAAGCUGAGACUGGGUCGAGUUCAUUUAUUUGGGCAUGAGGAGGCAGGUGUAGAGAGUGAGGUUGUUCUUUAGAAUGAGCUGAAGGAUGUUUGGAUAAGUCUUUAUUUACUGUACAGUCAUGUCAAAUGAUAAGGGCACUUCUAGAGAAGAAAAGGCUGUAAAGAGGCAGCAAAUUUGGUUGAGCAGAGAAGAUAAUUUGGCACAGGAAGUUACCCAGGACCACUAAUCCAGAACAGUGGGUGAUGAUAGCAUGCUGCACUGUUUAGAUUUGGUCAGAGAAGCAACCAGAUGUAAUUCACUGAAGCAGAACUUCGUUUUCUGUUGUAAAGUGAAGGUCCUGAACCUUCCUAGUGACUGUUAGUAGAAAAAGGAAACUUCUCUGGACUUCAGCAGAAUGGAUCCUUUGGAGAGUCCUGCAACCCAGCGGCGAAAGGCCAAGAUGAUGUUUGGCCUGAAAAUGAAGAAGAAGAAGAAAGUCAACACAGACCUGGUCCUGGCAAACAAGGGAGCCAUGGACAAUGAGGCAGAGGUGCUUUCUGAAGAGUCUCCUCUGCUGGAAGGAGAAAACCCUGAGAAUCAAUCAGGAACCUCUGCAGUCCGAUCCAGAAUAAAACCAAACAAUAAGAGGUCUAAACUCAAAACUCGCAUCCAGGACAGUGAAGGAAAACCACAGAGCUUCCAGAUUGCCAUUAACAUCACAGAGGCCCGACAGCUGGUGGGGGAAAACAUUGACCCCAGUGUGGUGAUUGAGAUUGGUGAUGAGAAGAAACAGACAACAGUCAAAGAAGGAACCAACGCUCCCUUUUACAAUGAGUAUUUCGUGUUUGACUUCUUUGCCCACAAAGACGUCUUCUUCGACAAAGUUAUCAAGCUAACGGUGAUGCACUCUAAGAUGCUGAGGAGUUUCUGUAUCGGCUCCUUUAAGCUGGAUGUGUGGACAGUCUACAGUCAGCCAGGUCACCAGUUUGUCAAUAAGUGGGCCAUGCUGACCAAUCCAGGUGACAUUAGCACGGGGGUCAAAGGUUAUGUCAAGUGUGACAUCAGCGUCUCAGCAAAGGGAGAUGCCAUGCAACCAGGUCCAAAAGCAAGUGAUGCUGAAGAGCAGAUAGACAAGAAUCUGCUGAUACCAGAGGGUUUUCCCUCUGAACGACCCUGGGCUCGAUUCUGUGUGAAGGUGUAUCGAGCUGAAGGCCUUCCCCGCAACAACUCCAGCAUCAUGGCCAACGUCACCAAGGCCUUCAUAGGAGACAACACCGCACUUAUAGACCCUUAUGUAGUGGUCAGCUUCUUCAAACAAGUGGGUCGCACAUCCACUCAGAAGUCCACAGCAGACCCGGUGUGGAACGAACAGAUUGUCUUCACAGAGAUGUUCCCCCCUCUCUGUCAGAGACUGAAGAUCCAGGUCUGGGAUGAGGGAAGCAUGAGUGAUGUUGCCAUAGGAACCCAUUACUUAGACCUGAAACGCAUCUCCAACGAACAGGAUGGUGACAGAGGGUUUUUACCAACUUUUGGCCCAGCUUGGAUCAACCUGUACGGCUCUGCCCGAAACUUUUCACUGGGUGAUGACACCGUGGAACUUAAUGAGGGCAUCGGAGAGGGCGUGUCAUACAGAGGGCGGGUCUACAUGGAGCUGGCAGUGGAGAUCCUGUCAGGAGGGACAGGCUCAGAGUCCAAACUCAGCCGAAUGGUCAAGCCCUUGAAGGACGCUAAAGCAGGAAAAGGCGGAGGGAAGGAUGGUAAGACAGCUGCAGGAGGAGGAGGAGCGGGAGGAGCAGCAGGAGGAGCUGCUGAUGACGACAAAGGAAAAGCUGUGGGAGCAGAGGUCCUGCCUGUGGAGUCUCCUCCGGGGCUGAAUGCCGACAAGGAGAGCUUCCUGCUGUUUGGCGCAUUGUUUGAAGCCACCAUGAUUGACAGAAAGAUUGGAGACAGACCAAUCAGCUUCGAGUUCUCCAUGGGUAACUACGGAAAUUCCUUAGAGUCUGCAGGCCAGCCCAGUAUGAGUGUCAGUCCUGCUGUCCCUCGCAGGAGAAGAGUGCUGGACAUCCCAGACAGCAGUGACAUAUUCGGCUCCUCCCCUCUGAGCUCCCCUUCAACCUCCCCGUCUUCCCCCCUCUUACCCAGAGACCCUCAGGACACCGCCUUGAGCUCUAAGUCCACCACGCCUCCAGAAAAACCACUCAUUGUCGAAGGAAGCAGGUACUGCAUGUAUCUGCCCCUGGAGAAGCAGAGGCCGUGUAUCAGUGUGCUGAGUCACUGGGAGGACAGAACCUACAGACUCUACAACUCCAAUAUGCUGGAGAAUAUCGCUGUUCUGUUUGAGGAGGGUGUGGCCAGUGCGACAGAGCUACACAAGAGGUCAGAUCCUGGGGCGGAGCAUGAGCUGAAAAUCGUCCUUAAAGAAUUCUGUAUGGAUGCCAGGAGUUUCAUAGCAGCAGCAGAGGCCAAGUUGAAAGCAGAGCUAAAGUCCAGUUACCUGACACAGCUGGAUAAGAAACGCCUCACCAUGUGUACACAGGAGCUGGAGAGUAUGAUCGGAGAGGCCUAUUCCUUGGGAGAGAGGAAGAGGAAAGCUGGUGGUGUGAAAGAAAUGCUGCAGGACGCAACAAAACUCACACAGAGACUACGCUUUCUCGUGGAGGAGCCCCAGCACACAGUACCAGACGUGUUUGUGUGGAUGCUAAGCAAUAACAAGCGCGUUGCGUACGCUCGGGUCCGAGCCAGAGACCUGCUGUUCUCCAGCAGGGAGGAAGCCAGAGGAAUCCACUGUGGCAAGAUAAUAACGCUGUUUCUGAAGCCUCCAGGGAAGCGUGUUGCAGGCUUGUCAGUCCAAGCAAAGCUGGAUGUGUAUCUGUGGUUCGGAACCUGUUCAGAGUCCAGCCACAUGCUGGAUGACCUGCCUGCUGGAUUCAGUCCAGCCACAAGGGGCUCUGAUGCCAGCAGCCCUCCAACAUACCUGAGCCACAAAGAGAAGCAUCAUUUCCAGCUGAGGUGCCACAUGUAUCAGGCUCGCGGUCUGAUCGCCGCCGACAACUCCGGCCUGUCUGAUCCUUUCGCUCGCGUCACCUUCCUUUCACACAGCCAAACCACCAAUAUCAUCAGUCAGACUCUCAGUCCUACAUGGAAUCAGUGUUUGCAGAUGAGCCACCUGGUGCUGAGCGGAGAUCUGCAGCACAUCAAGCAGGAGCCGCCACGCAUCCUCAUCGAGGUGUACGACGACGACGCGCUGGGGAAGGCAGAGUAUCUGGGAGCCACGGUAGCAGUGCCCGAGGUGCGGUUAUCAUCUGACCCCUACAUACCUCCAACCCUGCAAUACAGCCCGCUGCACUGCGGCAGCCAGGCAGGAGGAGACCUGCUGGCUGCAUUUGAACUGCUGCAGAUCUCAGAGUCAGGAGAUCACGAUCUGCCACCGUUAGAGGAACAGGAAGGAGGCAUCUACACGGUUCCUGCCAACAUCAGACCGGUUCUCAGCACCUACAGGCUGGAGGUGUUAUUCUGGGGUCUGCGGGAGCUAAAGAAGGUUCAGUUCCUGUCUGUUGAUCGGCCACAGGUCUUUAUAGAGUGUGCAGGCAAAACGUUGCGCUCCUCUGUCAUUCAGAAGUACAAGGCCAACCCAAACUUCACCAUGCUGGUUGAUGCCAUUGAGCUGGAGUUGCCAGAGAACGAACACCUCCAUCCUCCUCUCAGUAUCACGGUUGUUGAUUGGCGGGCCUUCGGUCGCAGCACGCUGGUCGGAAACCACAUCAUCAACAACCUCAAGGCCUUCAAGUACAUUCCACCUCCACCCCUGCCUGCUCCCAUGCAGACACACAAACCGCCCAAAGUCACAUGUACCCCUGGACCUGCACUGCCACCAGAGCCACAAAGCACUGAGGGACUGUCGCAGUAUUCCGGAGAGACCAGUUCCAAUGUAGCUCUAACAAAUCAGGAUUUCCUUAUCACCAUGGAGGAUGAUGUCCCGCCUCCAGCCCCGCCCACCCCAAUGCAAGAACCCAGGAAGAAGAAGGAGAGCAGCGCUAAGAGCACUCGUGGUCGUUCCACCAAGCGGAGGAGGCGGACCAUCGCUGAUGAAUCAGCAGAGUGCGUCAUCGACUGGUGGUCCAAAUACUACGCGUCUGUGGAGAAACAGGCCAAACAGAAGGACAGCUCCCUUUUCCCCCAGGUCUUUGAAAAAGCUCUGCCGUACCACAGCUUGCUCAGCGAUGGAAUAGACUCUUUGGUCAGCACGUCCUCAGAUGGAGACAAGAGGAAAAAGCAGAAAGGAAAAGGAGCCGUGGACCCACAUCUUGGUGUACCUACUAAAUUAGCCACACUAAAGCUGUUCAACAAGGAGCUGGAGGCAGAGUUUGGGCCAUUUGAUGACUGGGUGAACACAUACGAGCUGUUCAGAGGGAAGGCCAAUGAGGAAGACGGGGGAGCUGAGGAGAGGUUCGUUGGCAAAUUUAAGGGGCGAUUCUGCCUGUAUAAGCUCACUGAGGAAGAGGCAGAGGACUGGGAUGAAGUUGCGGACACGGGGCUCUUUAGAGUCAGCAGAGGAAUCCCUCCCAACAGCCCGGUCCAAGUCCUCAUACGGGUUUACAUAGUCUCUGCAUCUAACCUGCACCCAGCCGACCAGGAUGGGAAAGCAGACCCAUACAUUGUUGUUCGUCUUGGCAAAAAUGAAAUCAGAGACAGAGACAACUACAUUCCCAAACAGCUAAACCCUGUGUUUGGAAGGUCUUUUGAGAUGCAGGUAACAUUUCCUCAGGAGUCCCUGCUGUCGGUGCUGAUCUAUGACUUUGACUUGGUGGGAGGGGACGACCUGAUAGGAGAGACUCGCAUCGACCUGGAGAACCGAUUCUACAGCCGACACAGAGCCACCUGUGGACUCCCGACUGAGUACAGUCUUGAGGGUUAUAAUGCCUGGAGAGACUGUCUGAAGCCAUCAGAGCUGCUGUCUAAGCUGUGCAGAGAGAACAGUCUGGACGGUCCUCAUUUCAGACCAGGACGUAUCACUGUGGGGGACAAAGUCUUCACCGGCAAAACAGUCUUCAUGCAUGAAGACGAGCCAGUGGAGUCCUAUGAGCACUUGUCUCUGAAGAUCCUGCACCGCUGGGCUGAGAUUCCAGUUGUGGGAUGUAAGCUGGUACCAGAACACAUCGAAACCAGAACCCUGUUUAACAAAGCUCGGCCCGGCAUUGACCAGGGUCAGGUACAGAUGUGGGUCGACAUGUUUCCCAUGGACUUGCCUCAUCCUGGACCUCCAGUGGACAUUUCACCUCGAAAACCAAAAGGGUACGAGCUGCGUAUCAUCAUCUGGAACACAGAGGAUGUGAUUCUAGAGGACAGUAACUUCCUGACCGGUCAACAGUCCAGUGAUAUCUACGUCAAAGGCUGGCUGAAAGGUUUAGAGGACGACCGACAGGAGACCGACGUCCACUACAACUCUCUGACGGGAGAAGGAAACUUCAACUGGCGCUUCGUCUUCCCCUUCAACUACCUGCCUGCUGAGAAGGUAGUAGUGGUGAAGAAGAGAGAGAGCAUUUUCUCUCUGGAUAAAACAGAGCAGAAGCUUCCCGCCAUCCUCAUCCUGCAGGUCUGGGACUUCGAGACGCUGUCCUCCGACGACUUCUUAGGCACUGUGGAAUUAGACCUCCAUGGUUUCCCUCGGGGGGCAAAAACGGCCAAGGCAUGUAAGGUGGACAUGUUGACGGACGGGACCGAGAGAAUCUCCAUCUACCAGCAGAAGAGAGCGAGAGGCUGGUGGCCCUUCAGCAAAUCCGGAGAGCUGACGGGGAAAGUGGAGGCGGAGUUCCAUCUUGUGACGGCCGAGGAGGCGGAGAAAAAUCCCGUUGGGCGAGCCCGCAAGGAGCCGGAGCCGCUUCCGAAACCAAACCGUCCAGACACCUCCUUCUCGUGGUUUGUCAACCCAUUCAAGUGUUUCUUCCACCUGGUGUGGCGAAGCUACAAGAAGUACAUCAUCAUCGCCCUGGUCCUGCUCAUCACAGUGCUGUUCCUCGCCCUGCUGUUCUACACACUGCCAGGAGCCAUCUCUCAGAAGAUAAUCAAUGGAUAACUAACACACACACACGCACACACACCUACCUGGACUACAUGCAUCCAGUGCAGCUUUUCACUCGUUUGAAUAACAGUUGUUCAAAAAUCUGAGAGCCGUAGGGAAAACGCCAAAUAUUGACAAUAACAAAAAUGUAGAAUAUCACCAGACUUAGCCUUUAAGGCGUAGGUUAAGGUUUUUUUCAAGUAUAAUAUAAUACUUGCAUACUCGUUGAAAGAGUUAUUGAUCACUGCAAUCAUUUCUCCUCUCGACAGGCUACUGGCUGUGAGGAGAUCCCCUUGUUGUGCCACUAAACAGUAGGAAAUGUCCUCAUCUGUGCAAAAAUGCUUUCUGUUGAGCCAAAGCUAAUGUGAGACUCCAGCUGUCUGAGCUGAGUGUUUGUUUUGUUUUUUUUUCCAAAUUUAGAAUCUUUUUUUCCCCCACAAAAUUUACUUAUUGACAGUGUUUCCCUGCUAAGCCACCACAGGGACACAUGCUAAUAAAAACCAUGACAAUAUGGACUUGAUUUGACUCACAGCAACUGCUUCAGCUGAACAACAGUUUGCAUUUUUACCCAAAAUGAGGACUGUGGAUUUUACCCCCUGCCUCUUACAGUGUAGUAGUGCUACAAAGGAACUUUGAAAUCAAAU